AUGUUCUACUCAAUCUUCUUGCUGUCAGCCCUCUUCGCCGCCCUCGCGGUAGGCAUUCCUUCUCCGCUAAUACAAAGGCAAAAUGCCUGCGCCGGCGACAAGUCUAUUGCGGGAUACUGCAACACCCUGUCAUACACAGACAAAACCGGCACCUUAUCAACAUCAGCGCCCUCGUCUUCAGACUGCCAACAAACUUGCCAAGGCGUAUUAGGGGAUGCCGGCGACUGGGGUGUGGACUUCACAGAUAGACCGGCGGGCUAUCGCGACAACCUAUAUCUAGGUCCUUGCGAAUUCGGUAUCUCCCGGGAAACAGACGGGGACAGCACAGAGUUUGAGUUUUCAAUGCAUAACCAGGAUAUUGUAGAUGUCAUCGACGAGGUCAUCAAGAGGUAUGCGGGCCAACACGACGGAAAGGUACAGGCGGAGGGUACGAUGGAAUGUUCAGGCCAUGUGGUUCGCUGUGAUUUGUCCAACGACGCCAUUAUGGCGAUGGGGACCUUUGACGAGUUAAUGCCGGCUGGAGGAAAAGGAUAUCUUAUGACAUAUAAAGGAGAUAUGGCCGCCAGGCCGGAAGCGUUCAUAGAUUCUGUGGGGGUAAAUUAA